AUGGCUUCCGACCUGGCCACGGCCAUUCAAGGUCUCCAUCUUGAGGACCUUCCCGACUCCAACAUUGACGACAUCUUAUUCCAGCAACGGCCAAGCAAGCGCGUCAAGCAAGAUGUUACGGAGCUGAAGACGAGUCUAGAGACUGAUUUUCUCAUGCCAUGCAUGAAAUUCUCACCCGAAUGGCUCAAUGGCCUGCAGCAGCGCUGGGAUUGCCCUGUGGAUUAUACGGAGCUCCUCAAAAUAGGCAAUCCUCAAACCAGGACUGUGACACGGUUCGAAAGGCAUGGCCUUGAGGGCAGAGUGAGUGGCUACCGAAACGUCACCGUUCCCGCCAACAGCGCUACCGCCAAGAAUUCGACCUCAUUCCUUCGCAAGCCCGCCAAUAGAGCUGAUUUUGUCCGUGGAGCUGCCGGAUUCUUUCCCUUCGCACCCGGAGGCCUGGAUGGGAUCGAGGCAACCGCAGCACUCGAGGACCAGGUUCACCGGUCUGGAGGUGGAGAGGCUGCAGCUCUGUCAAAUAACAAGCUCGAGCGGGUCAUCAAACUCGGUGUCGAGGGCGGCCUACUCGAGGUUGCGCCUGGACUGAGUCGCAGUCUCAAUAUCGGCCAAAAGAAGGCUGAUGAGGACGAAGCCAGGGCGAUUGAGCAAGAGCUGGACCAGGAGCCGGAACAACCACCAGGUGUUGACGAGGCAGACGGCGAGGCACAGACGAAUGACGACAAGGUGGAUGAGGUCGAGUCCGAAGAUGAAGAAGACAGCGAGGAUAUUGACGCCAUUUUGCCUGUCGAGUUUCCAGCUCUCGAACCCCACGGUACCUUAGCUGCGUCGAGUGCCAGGAAGGCCGGCCGAGAGUGGGCCCACAUGGUUGAUAUCGACAGGGACAUCACCAACUUCAGAGAGUUGGUGCCCGAUAUGGCAAGAGACUGGCCCUUCGAGCUCGAUACUUUCCAGAAGGAGGCCAUUUAUCACCUCGAGAGUGGCGAUUCUGUCUUUGUCGCUGCGCACACAUCAGCCGGUAAAACCGUCGUUGCCGAAUACGCCAUCGCCCUCGCAACAAAGCACAUGACAAAGGCGAUUUACACCUCCCCGAUCAAAGCCUUGAGUAACCAGAAAUUCCGAGAUUUCCGUCAAACUUUCGACGAGGUUGGUAUCCUGACGGGUGAUGUGCAAAUCAACCCUGAGGCCAGUUGCCUGAUCAUGACGACGGAGAUUCUAAGAAGUAUGCUCUACCGUGGAGCCGACCUUAUCCGAGACGUCGAAUUCGUCAUUUUUGACGAGGUACACUACGUCAAUGAUUUUGAGCGCGGCGUCGUCUGGGAAGAGGUCAUCAUCAUGCUCCCCGAACAUGUAACCCUCAUUCUCCUCUCAGCAACGGUGCCUAAUACCUACGAAUUUGCCUCCUGGGUUGGACGCACUAAGCAAAAGGACAUCUAUGUCAUCUCAACCCCAAAGCGGCCUAUUCCAUUGGAGCACUACCUGUGGGCUGGCAAGAACAUUCAUAAAAUCGUUGACUCGGACAAGAAAUUCAUCGAGAAGGGCUGGAAGGAAGCCAAUUCGGCAAUCCAGGGCAAAGACAAGACCAGGGCAUCCGAGCCAGUCAACGCCCCUCGCGGCGGCGGUGGCCAGAGAGGAGGCCAGAGAGGAGGAGGAGGAGCCCAGCGCGGUGGACAGCGAGGGGGGCAGCGUGGCGGCGGUCCUCAGCAAAGAGGCCGUGGUGGAGCGCCGCGCGCCAGUCACAAUCCAGGUCACAUGGGAAGAACCGGCCGCCAGGGUGGUUUUACCUCUGCAGCCCAAGACAAGAACCUUUGGGUUCAUCUGGUUCAGUUUCUAAAGAAGUCGAGCCUCCUUCCGUCGUGCAUAUUCGUCUUCUCGAAGAAGCGAUGCGAGGAGAAUGCCGAUGCACUCAGUAACCAGGACUUCUGCACGGCGACUGAGAAGAGUGCUAUCCACAUGACUAUCGAGAAGUCCAUUGCCAGACUCAAGCCCGAGGAUCGGGCUCUGCCACAGAUUAUCAGACUGCGGGAGCUUUUGUCCAGAGGUAUUGCGGUUCAUCACGGAGGCUUAUUGCCAAUCGUCAAGGAGAUUGUCGAGAUUCUCUUCGCUCAAACUCUUGUCAAGGUGCUCUUUGCCACGGAGACAUUCGCCAUGGGUCUCAAUCUGCCAACCAGGACAGUCGUUUUCUCUGGGUACCGUAAACACGACGGCCACUCCUUCAGAAACCUGCUUCCUGGCGAGUAUACACAGAUGGCCGGCCGAGCAGGUCGUCGUGGCUUGGAUACAGUCGGCUCGGUCAUUAUCGUUCCUCCAGGGGGAGACGAAGCUCCCCCUGUUGCUGACCUUCAAAAGAUGAUUCUAGGAGAGCCGUCGAAGCUCAGAUCCCAGUUCCGUCUCACCUACAAUAUGAUCCUCAAUUUACUCCGGGUUGAAGCUCUCAAGAUUGAAGAGAUGAUCAAGCGUAGCUUCUCGGAACAUGCCACCCAGCAGCUGCUCCCUGAGCAUGAGAAGGCAGUCAAAAUUUCAGAGGCUGACUUGGCUAAGAUCAAGCGAGACUCGUGCAGCGUCUGCGACGUGUCUAUGGACGAGUGUCAUCAAGCGUCGGAGGACUACAAGCAACUCACCGGGGAAGUUUACAAGUCUCUGAUUGGUAUAACCAUUGGCCGCAAGAUGUUCAGUCAGGCCCGCUUGAUCGUAUACAACAGGGAUGGUAUUCGCACACCAGGCAUCUUGCUGUCCGAUGGCGCGAGUGACAAGGGGCAAAGCGGUCCUACUCUGCAUGUCUGUGAGAUCAGACUCACGAGGGAGACUCGUGAUUCCACAGACCUUUUGCCUUUCAUCCCGGCCUUCCGCAAGUACUUUACACCGCUACCGCAGGCCAAGAAGCACGUGCGGAUCAAGACUCUGCAGGUUCCCCUGAGUGAUGUUGAAUGUUUGACGAGAUAUGUCACCAAGGGCAUUGUGCCAGAGAUCUUCCAAGGAGGGGAGAAGUAUGCAAAAGCAAAGGACAGGCUUCAUGCGCUGUGUCGAUCGUGGGAUGAUCUCUGGGACGAGAUGGAUCUAUCCAAAAUCAAGAAUCUCUCUUUUCAGGAGAUGAUGAAGAAGAGAAAGGAUGCAGAAACCGUUGCCUCGUGCUCGCCUGCCAUCUCGUGUCCUCAGUUUUUGAAGCAUUUUGCCAUGUGCCAUGAUCAGUGGCUCAUCAAGGAGCACAUCUCCCAGCUCCGGCAAUCUCUCUCGGAUCAGAACCUCCAGCUUCUGCCGGACUACGAGCAGCGUAUUCAGGUGCUUAAACAGCUCCAAUUCAUUGACGAUAGCGCCAGGAUACUGCUCAAGGGUAAAGUGGCCUGCGAGAUUCACUCGGGCGAUGAACUCGUUUUGACAGAGUUGAUUUUGGACAAUGUGCUCGCCGACUACGAGCCAGCCGAAAUCGCUGCCUUACUUUCAGCGUUUGUCUUCCAGGAAAAGACAGACACUCAACCCAACCUAACGGGCAACCUUGAGCGGGGCAAGGAUACCAUCAUUGCUAUCAGCGAGAAGGUUAACGAAGUCCAGACACUCCACCAAGUCAUUCAGUCUGCGGAUGAUUCGAAUGACUUUAUCUCUCGUCCCCGGUUUGGUCUGAUGGAAGUCGUCUACGAAUGGGCGCGAGGCAUGAGCUUCAAGAACAUCACUGAUCUGACCGAUGUCCUGGAAGGAACUAUUGUGCGGACCAUCACACGUCUGGACGAAACAUGCCGUGAGGUGAAGAACGCCGCUCGCAUCAUUGGAGACCCGGAACUGUACCAGAAGAUGCAGACAGCGCAAGAGAUGAUCAAGCGCGAUAUCACGGCAGUUGCUAGUCUUUACAUGUAA